AUGUCACCACAAGCAUCAAGGCAGCAAGUGAUGACAAAAUCAGCACAUGUGUCAGAUGUCGAAGCGGGAAUAAAAUUAAAAUCUCAUCACCGGCGUGAACAAAAAUUAUGUACAACAGAACGUCUUCCAGCUUUAUUUACUUGGUGUCUUUUAUUCAGUACUUCUUUCGCUUAUCUCAUAUGUAUUUUACCGGAGAUUAUGAAUCUUCUACCAUCCUAUCUACCAAUACUUAUUUUACAUUGUAUUCUAUUUGUUAUUCUAUCGGGAAAUUUUAUACUUGCAACAUUUAUGGAUCCAGGUGUUUACGAACAAUCAUCAAAAAAAGAAACUUCGACUAUAAGCUAUUACACUCGUCCAUCGAAACGAAAAGGAGCUACUGAUACAGAUGACGAUGACGAUGAUUCAUAUGAACCUCAAUUGCGUCUUGUUCAUAUUAAUCAUGGAUCAGUUCAAAUGAAAUAUUGUCGAACAUGUAAAUUCUAUCGGCCACCUAGAUGCUCGCAUUGUUCUUCUUGUGAACGAUGUAUUGAUACAUUCGAUCAUCAUUGCCCUUGGAUAAAUAAUUGUGUGGGUCGUCGUAAUUAUCGUUAUUUUUUUCAAUUUUUAUUUUUACUGUGCAUUCACAUGAUAUUUAUAUUUAUAUUUUGCUUAUAUUACGUUCUAAAUGAACGUCAUCAUCAAAUAAUAACCCCAAGUCUUAGUUCUGAUACAUAUGAAUCAUUAGUACCAAUUGAUGAAAAUGAAAUAUCAUCAACAGCUGAAACAAAAACAAAAUUUAUCGGCUUUUCUGAUUAUCGAUUUAUUAUUUCUAUUCUUUUACUUCUACUUCUGGGUCUUUUAUCAGUACCAGUCUAUGGCCUAACGGGUUUUCAUGUGUUUCUUAUAGCAAAAGGUCGUACUACCAAUGAACAAGUAACAGGAAAAUUUCACGAACAAGGCGAUGCCUUCACAAAAGGCCUUACUAAAAAUAUUAUCUACUUUUUCUGUCAACCAUUACUUCCACAAUUAAAAUCGCCUAAAAUAAAACGUUACAAUGUUGAAUUAUUUAAAAAGAUGGCCUAUGAAAAUUAUCAUGUAUCAAAUGGAAAGAAAAAGUCAUCGAAAAAACCUGAAACAAAAGUAACUUAUGAAAAAAUAAACGAAGAUAGUGGAAAACAACCAAAACGAAAGAAGAAGAAAACUGUUCAUCAUGAAAAUAGAGGAAAAAAUGCCACGCCUAAUAUUUAUGUUAAUCCAGCAGAAGAAAAAAUUGCUAAACCUAAACCUAAACCUAAAACAAAAACGAACAAAAAACCAAUUAAAAUUCCUGUACAACAACCAACUUCAUCAAGUUCACCUUCUUCGUCACGUUCAUCAUCUCCAAUUCAAUCGAUAAAACAUCAACAAAAACCCAAGGCACCUAUACAUCGUAGUUCAUCUAAUUUAUCAAUAUCAUCACGUUAUUCCUAUGAUAAUAUAAAUGAAAACGAAGAAUAUUCAUUUAAUAUUCAUGGUCAACGUCAACGAGCAUUACCUGCAGCGUCCACUGAUUUUCGUCAAAAUAAUAAGCAAACAAGGAGAAUGAAUACAGUUAAUCAUGAUGUUCACGGUGAUGCAGAAUCAAUGGCUAGUGCAUUGACACUUCGUACGGAAUCUUAUCGACACGCACAUCCACUGAAAUCAUUUGCAUUUGAUUAUCCUAAACGAACAUUAAUGUCUCAAACAAUACCAAAAACUGAUAAUCAAAAUGGAACUAAUAAAAAUUAUGAAAUAGCUGUUUAG